AUGAAUAAGUUACAUUCUGAUCCAAGUUUGCUCGUUUGCCCAGAUUUCACGAGCGAGCGCUACCGCACCUCACGCGCUCCUUUCGUCUCUGCCACCGUCACUGAGGACCAAGCAGCAGAAUCCCUCCGACUCGUUUGGAUCGCCACCAACGACGACCUCUGCACUCAGUGGCGUCAACAAGAAGCUGAAGAGGCUUGCCUUCAUGCCGAGCAAGCCCGUUUAACCAAAGAAGAAGCAACUCGCCUCCGGCAAAUCCGUCAGCUGGAAGAGGAAACUGCGCGGGUGGACGAGAGGAAGAAGAACCGUUUCAAACACACCGACAUACUCAUGCGCCCUCGUCCAGACACCAACGAAGAAGAAGCCUUUGUAUCUGACUUCACCUUACGGAAGAUCGACAAAGGCAGUUUUGUAGAGCUGUACUACUGGACUAAUGCUGGUUUAGAAGAGGCGCUCUUCUCUUACAGCACCAGAGAUGAUGAGGGCUUGAUCCCUUCGGAACAAGAUGGAACCACGGUUUGGAUCAGCGCAGCAGCCUCCAAACCCUCUAAAAAUGUCAUUCCUGACCGGUUUCUCACCACAGUCGACUUCGCCCAAGCAAUCCCUCGCAUCAUAGCAGCUCUUGAAGAAUGUGAUUGGCCCAAACAACGUAUUUUGAUGCUUGCUCGUUUCUGGGGUGCAAUUAUGACCCAUCGCUACUGGAAUUCCAGUGACCAAGUAGCUCAGCGGGCUCUCAUGAUUUACCAAGAAGAGCAACAAAGAGCCUGGCAUCAUGCUGUCGCUCUUGGCACUGGUGCCUGGGAUCUCUCCAUUCUCAGCGACAUUGUUUUAGGUUGCCUUUUCAACCGUGUCCUGCAAGAAUCUCGUCACCAUGACCACAAUACCCAGGUCAGUUUCACCUUUUUCUACACUUAG